GCAAAUCUUUUAGUCGUUGAUUUGGAUGUAAACAUAGCGAUAGACACGACACAGUGCUCUCUCGAAGGUUUGGUUUUCUAUAAUCACUUGAACUGAGAUUUAUUAUUGGACCUCGUAAACUACAUUGCCAAUGCAUGCCAAAAGUUCUCAGAAAGACUCACCUGCACUCGAUGCAUUGACAUUUAAAAUGCAUAGCUCUCAAAAGGAGCCAAAUAAGGUUGCUUCAUUCAGUGCAGGAGGAGAGAACAAGCCAUCUGAUUUUUUACGCAAUUUCUACGAAGGUUUCAUAGCUGGAGGCUUUGCUGGUGUUGUUGUGGAAGCAGCAUUAUAUCCAAUUGAUACCAUAAAAACUCGACUACAGGCUGCCCAAGGUGGAGGAAAAAUUAUUUUGGAGGGUCUCUAUUCUGGAUUGGCUGGAAACCUUGCUGGUGUCUUACCGGCUUCUGCCAUAUUUGUUGGUGUGUAUGAACCUACAAAGCAAAAAUUGCUGAAGUCCUUUCCUGAAAACCUUAGUGCAGUAGCUCAUUUGACUGCAGGUGCAAUUGGAGGUGCUGCUUCUUCUCUUGUCCGUGUCCCAACGGAGGUCGUAAAACAAAGGUUGCAAACUGGGCAAUUUGCUUCAGCCCCUGAUGCAGUCCGCCUCAUUGUUGCCAAGGAGGGUUUUAAAGGCCUUUAUGUGGGGUAUGGAUCCUUCUUACUGCGAGAUUUGCCUUUUGAUGCCAUCCAGUUCUGCAUCUAUGAGCAGAUCCGGAUCGGAUAUAGGCUAGCGGCACGAAGAGAUCUGAAUGAUCCUGAGAAUGCAAUAAUUGGUGCUUUUGCUGGUAGUAAAAUCUCAUUUACUACAGGUGCAAUAACUGGAGCUAUAACUACUCCUCUGGAUGUGAUAAAAACAAGAUUAAUGAUUCAGGGAUCAGCAAAUCAGUACAAAGGGAUUUGUGAUUGUGUUAGGACCAUCGUGAAAGAAGAAGGAACUCAUGCUCUUUUGAAGGGAAUUGGGCCAAGAGUUCUGUGGAUAGGAAUUGGGGGUUCAAUAUUUUUUGGUGUUCUUGAAAGGACAAAGCAAAUACUUGCCCAAAAGCGCCCACCGUCUCAAAACUCAAUCCCUUUCAAAGAUCAACUAUAGCUCACCAGUUUUAUUUAUUUUUGUCAUCUUAAUAGCUCUAUUCACUUGCUGUUCUUUCAAUGCUUUGUUUCAUCUAUCAAGAAAAUCAUUCUGCUGGAUUUCACCUUUGAUUCAGUUUUCAGUUUUCUAUAUUGGAAUUGGAGCAUCAAAACUUUAAAAUCAAUUAGAAU